CCGUUCCGAGGAGCUACGCCUACCGAAGUAUAGGCAUGACUUCCCGGCGCCGCAGGGAAAACCGGGUGCAAGCCCAGAAACUCUUCCCCCACCACCACUUGUUGAAAAUCUGAUUUCAAGGCGUUUCCCGCUUGGAGCAAACGGAAAAGUGCCUGGGUUUGCGCUGGAGAACCUUAAGUAUCAAAACAAACAAACAAAAAAACUGGAAACUAAUUCGAACCUUACUCAAAGUCAGAAUGGAACGAUUUGUAGUAACGGCACCACCUGCUCGUAAUCGUUCUAAGACUGCUUUGUAUGUGACACCCCUGGAUCGAGUCACUGAAUUUGGAGGUGAGCUCCACGAAGACGGAGGAAAACUCUUCUGCACGUCUUGCAAUGUGGUUCUGAAUCAUGUCCGCAAGUCUGCCAUUAGUGACCACCUCAAGUCAAAGACUCAUACCAAGAGGAAGGCGGAAUUUGAAGAGCAGAACGUGAGGAAGAAGCAGAGGCCACUCACUGCGUCUCUCCAGUGCAACAGUACUGCACAAACAGAGAAAGUCAGUGUUAUCCAGGACUUUGUGAAAAUGUGCCUGGAAGCCAACAUCCCCCUGGAGAAGGCCGAUCAUCCAGCAGUUCGUGCUUUCCUGUCUCGCCAUGUGAAGAAUGGAGGCUCCAUACCUAAGUCAGACCAGCUGAGGAGAGCGUAUCUGCCUGAUGGCUAUGAGAAUGAGAAUCAGCUCCUCAACUCACAAGAUUGUUGACAAGGAGGUUAUCACCAUUGUGAUCAAGAUAAAUAAUGUGGAGUAUUAAAGUUAACGUGUUGAUUGUGUA